AUGAAUAACCACACUACAGACUACAGCUACGACAUGUUGUUCUCAGAGGAGGAGGAGGUUCUACCAGGUGUAGGGAGUGAGUGGCUGAGGUCAAAACCCCUUGCUCUGUUCGCCUCUCUGUUCUUCUGUCUCCCCUCGGAGAUCCGCUCAGCUCAGCGGAUGGCUAAAUCCCACGCCUCCGUACCUCAGAUGUGGUCCAAGUGUCUGCUGCGUCACUGUUACGGCCUGUGGUUCAUAUGCCUGCCAGCCUACGCCAGCGCAUGCCACUCCAAGGUGCGGGUACUACGCAUGGCCUACGACAUCCUGAGGAAGAUGCAGGACAAGAAGCUGCAGGCACCCGAUGAGGUGUGUUACCGGGUGUUAAUGCAGCUGUGUGGACAGUACAGCCAGCCUGUCCUGGCGGUCCGAGUUCUGUUUGAGAUGAAGAAGGCUGGAGUUCACCCCAACGCCAUCACCUACGGUUACUACAACAAGGCGGUGUUGGAGAGCACGUGGCCGUCCAAUACUAGAGGGGGCUACUUCCUGUGGGCCAAGCUGAGGAACGUGGUCCUGGGGGUGGGCCGGUUCAAACAGCUGGGACGGAAACAGACGGUCCAGAACAGAGACACAUCAGACUACAGUGAUCUGGACACAGUCAGUCAUGGUAGUGAAGACAGUACUAACGACUCAGUUGAGCGGGUCUCAAUCGAUACAGACUUCACUAAGAUGGACUCCAGCGAUGAUGGAUCCAGCACAGGUGGCCAGUCAGACCAAGGCUAUGACUCUCUAUCCAAGGAGGAGGAGAAGAUGAUGGGAAAGGACAACGACAGAACACCACUGGAGAAGUCAGAGAGGGAGUCUUGUCGUCUGACUAGACAGAACCACACCACCACCCCUGGUGACUCCAACACUCCCUGUGGUACCAGACCAAAGAACCGGAGGCUGAGGCCCAACUCCCUGGACUUGACCGGAGGACAAGGGACUCUCAGGACCAUCACACUCAACUUCACCUCCACCACCAUGCAGGUCCGGGGCCCUGCUCCAAAACGACCCCCGCCUCCGAACUGCAAACCUGGGAAGGCUGAGGCCAGUCAGGCUGAUCCUACUCAGAACCAGGAGAGAUUGGAUGGCGGAGAGGAGGUAGAAGGCAGUAAGGACAGACAGACACCUGCCAUGGAGGUGGAAAGGAAGAGUGUGAGCUGCAGUGGUGGAGAUGGAGCCGGGUCUGCAACCUGCAGUGUUGGUGGAGAUGGAGCCGGGUCUGCAACCUGCAGUGUUGGUGGAGAUGGAGCCGGGCCUGCAGAUCGCAGUGUCUCCAAACAGAGCAGUGUAAGAAACAGCAGUGAAACCGUGGGCGGAGCCGUGAAGAGGACAGGUAUCGUUGAGACUGGCUUUGACCCUCUGUCCAUUAUAGCGGCUGAGACGGAGACAGAGGGUGAUGGGGACAGUAGCAGUACCUCCACAGUCCGCCGAGACCUGGCAGAAGAGAUCGAGAUGUACAUGAAGGUUCUGAGCCCUCUGAGCAGCAGGACCGCCAGCAUGGACCUUCAGAACCCAUCCAGCCCGCUCCUCCACGCCACCUCCACCCCAUCUAAACACUCCUCCCACCGACCUCGGCCCCUCAGCCUGACCCACUCCCCCUGUACCUCCCCCCGACCCCCUCCUCCCUUGCUUCGUGCCAACUCACACCUCCCCCUCUCCAGGCCCAAAGAACGUCUCCGUCCCUCCUCCCUGGUCUCCCCCUCCUCCCCGACUCCCUCCUCAACCUUCUCCAUGGACUCUCUCCUCACACCGACUCUCAGCCUGGACAUGUUUAAGAGCAGCUUCCUGUCCGCAGGGAAGGGGGUGGCUGAGAAGGCUAGCAGGCUCUACUCCCGCCUGUCGUCACAGACGUCACUCUCACAGGAUGUGAACUGUGACCAGAUCAGCGUGUCGUCAAUGACCUCAGUGGACCCAGAAUGCACCUCUCUGUUGGAGGAGGGCUCUGUCCUGGACCCUGAAGGUUUCACCUCCUCCUUCACCUCCUCCUACGCCUCCCCCCAGCACGACAGCAUCACGUGCCUGAGGAGGAGCCCAGCCAGGGGACGCCUCGUCUCUCAGAGCCCCACCUCGCCCUGCAAGGUGUUCCGCCACAACUCCUUCUCUAGUGCCCCCAUCACUAAGUCCAUCCUCCUCUACCCAGCCCACACACUCUACAUCACUAAGUCAUCCUCCUCUUACCCAGCCCGCAACACUCUACAUACUAGUCCUCCUCCUCUACUCAGCCCCAUCACUAAGUCCUCCUCCUCCUAA